AUCCCUUCCACAGCCCUGCUGCUGUUUCCACUGUGGCUGUCAACUGGCAAGUCGCCUCAACCAGAGCAAAAACAACACAAACAGCUGAAGCUGUGUCGUAUAGAGGCAAUAAUCGAUGUCGGGGAUCCUUCCAGAGAACCGCGCGGGACUAAAGAGGCUCUGAAGACCGCCCUCUCGACCCUCCUGGGCUGAACUAGAAGCAGCUCUGGAAUGUGUCAGAAGGUCCUCACCCAGCAGCGGACAUCUUUUGUUUCGCAAUCGAGACGCACGACUUAUUCCAACAACAGGUGAAUUUCUAAACAGGAAAAGUGAAAGAAACAAUGACAACGAACGCCACGGUCGCGUCGACGGCCUCCAACUCCACCGCGUGCGUCGACAUCGGGGAGAGCGCCAUCAGCGACUUGCUGAUGUCCGUCUACAUCCUGGCUUUCGUCUCCGGCCUGAUCUUCAACGUGCUGACCCUGGGCCCCAUCUACCAGCAAGUGCGGCGGCAGAACGUCCUGGGCAUCUUCCUGCUCAACCUGUCGCUCUCCGACACGCUCUUCCUCUUCACCAUGCCCCUCUGGAUCAACUACUACCGGCGGGACCACCACUGGGAGCUCGGCGUCGUGUCCUGCAGCGUGGCCGGCUUCUUCUACUACUCCAACAUGUACAUCAGCAUCUACCUGCUGUGCUGCAUCUCCGUGGACCGCUGCCUGGUGGUCACCUACCCGCUGCGCUCCAAGACCCGCCGGACGGCCCGCUGCGCCUGGGCCCAGUGCGCCGCCGUUUACGCGGUCGUGAUCGCGCUGCACAUCGUGGUGCUGGUCAACGACAAUCUCACCGACGCCCUCGACGAGGCGAACGACAACGACCGCUGCUACGAGACUUACCCCAUGGAGACGCCCGUCGCCGGGUUCAACCUGGUGCGGGUGGGCGUCGGCUUCCUGCUCCCCCUGCUGGUGCUGGCGCUGAGCUACUGGAGGGUUCUGGCCACCGUGGGCCAGAGUCCCGGCCUGAGCGCCCCGGCCAAGAGGAAGGUCCGCCUGCUGUCCUUCGGCGUGAUCGGCAUCUUCUCCAUUUGCUUCGCCCCGUAUCACGUCCUGCUGCUCACGCGCUCGCUCGUCUUCUACGACAGCGACGACGCGCGACCGCAAGGAAGCUACUGCCAGUUCGAACAGAAGAUGCACUUUUGGUUCUCGUGCACUCUGGCCCUGUCCAGCCUGAACUGCGUGGUGGACCCCGUGCUGUACGUGUUGGUCAGCAACGGCGUCCAGGAGGAGGUGAAGCUGUUCUGGAGGAGGCAACGGAGGACAAAGACGGCGGACUGUGCUUUGACUAAUAACGGCGGAGCGAAGUCUAAUGCUAACUUAAUAUGACAUGUAAGCUAUAGGAGGGGGGGGGGGGUUACGUGGCACCUGUGCAUUUGUUUUCAUACAUACACAUGUGUGUGUGUGUGUUUGUGUGUGUGUAAACCCAUGGCCUCAUUAUUGAGUAUAGCAGGAAUAUAUGCACAUGCCAUAAUCAACCCUCGGUGGUCGUACAAUCAGAAAUCCUUUUGAAGAACCACUUUGCUGCUUUUUAAAACAAGAUGUUUUUGAUCCCUCCCUCGUAUCGCAUAGCCGGUGUGGCGGCGCGGGUCGCUUGUCACGCGUCUCACAGCUCUGUAAUUGGAUUGUCGUCCCCGGGUUCCCGCUCUCCCAAGAGUUCUUCAGGCAUCAGCCACUUCUGGUUUGGAGAAACACGGCCGCAGCUGAAGGGCACUCCUGUGUUUCUCCCUCCCCGGCUAUAACACGGUGGUUAUGAUUGUGAUUGCGUAACCCUCGGUACACUAGAUAGCAGUGUUUUUGUUUGUUUUUUAACCUUUUUUGAGCCGCGACACAUUUGUUAAUAAAAAUAAAAAAAUCGAAUCAAGUUACAAAAUGUCAUUGUUUUUUUAAUACAUCAGUCAAAAACCUGUGCUGACAAUUUAAGUCUCUUAAAUCGGUUGAUGCUUACUAAAAUUGGCCUGUUUGGAUGAACACACAGCUCUUCUUCCACAGCUCUCUCUCUCUCUGUUUUUAGUGCAGCAGCCAUGCUUGAAAAGCUCAUCUCACAAAGAUAUGUUGUGGAUAAUCGGGGCAAUGUUGAAAUUGCUCUCGUUUGCAAGAAUGGGGGAACUCCUUGGCAACGGUCAACCAAAAACGGUCCGAAGGUCUCCAACUUCUCCUCGAGAGCUUUUAAGUGUGCAGCUGGCAUCUCACACAGCGCAGCAGUGUUGACGUCUCCUUUCUGAGGGGCAACAUGUCGAGACGGCCACUCUCAACAUGAUGUUGGAGCUGCUCUUUCGAGCGGAAUCCAUUAUAUAUGUUGUCAAUGCUUGUGAGCAGCUUUUCACUUUGAGUCCGUGUGUCAGGAGGUGUCACGGAUGUCGCAACGAGCGAGGACCCAAAUGCCGACAGAACUGCAAAAAACAACAUUUAAUUCAACAAACCAGACAGGACGACAAAACGCGGACUAAACGGUACGAAGCCACGCUGGGAACGAGACGAACAGGGUUUACAUACACAGGCAAGGUGAAGGUGAUUGGACACUGGGGAACGAGACACAGGUGGACACAAUGAGGGCGGGGCCAGCAAUCACACAGAAGGAAACAAUCAGGACCAGGGCAGACAAUCACAGGGAGAGCGACGACACAAGGACUUCAAAAUAAGACAAAAAACGAGACAGAAACUCCAGAUCCUAACACCGUCAUUCGGUGUGAAGGUAGAUUUGUGUCUUUAUGACGCAAACAAACAAAAAAGGUUUUUUUGAGAGCAAAUUUCUCAGUAAGUAAAUUAAUUGUUAGUGUUGCUGAUGAAACUAUAAUGUGUGGCUGCAAAUCCAAAAUAUUUGCUCUCAAAUUAACACCUUCGCUCACAAAACGAAAAUCUACGAGUUGAGUUUGGACGUAGUGGGCGGGGCUUACGCAGCCGAACGAGCGAGGAGAUUCUAUUGGUGAGUUUGGCUUAAUGCUGAUGCAUGUAACGUGGGCUAACAUGACGCUGCAAGUCACUGUCAACACAGCAGCCCUCAGUGUCAUUUUUCGAGAGCAAAUGUUUUUUUAUUUUGAGAACAAAGAUUUUUGAUUUGCAGCAACAAAUUCGAGUUUCAUUCGCAAAUCUAACAAUUUAUUUACUUACAAACAAAAAAUUUGCUCUCAAAACCUUUUUUUGGAGUAGUUUGCGUAAUAAAGAUACAAAUCUACCUUCAUAAUCCAGGUGCUAAAAUAUAGCCGCUCACUUGCGAGCGGCAUUGCAUCAGCGCAGCUCUCAUUGGUUAAAAACCCUUUGAGGCUCCUCCCACAGCUCACACACAUACCAUCGGACUCCUGUGUGGAUCAAAGCGGCUUUAUGUACUUUUUUUAUUCUACUAUCUUAAAUGUACAAGGUAUUUAUCGCGCCACCUACUGGCACGGAAGACUAUUUAAUUACUGAGCCGGCCACUGUACUGCAGGCGCUCAACAACGGCAAAUUAUUUGCGGCAAUGAAAUAAUAUUGUUUUUGACGCCUGACGAUCUCUCACGGCGCAGCGUUUAAAAAUCAUUGCUCUAAAGCAUGCAACACCGACAUUUAUUAGCAUUUAUUGUCAAACUGAAAACACGUUGAAUGUAAAAUCACACCGACCAAUGGUUUAAGGUGCUUGUCUGAUGGGUUUGUAAAGACAAUGUGAGAUCAUCAAACUGUAGUUGGCAUUGUAUAUAUUUAAAGCCACAGGAAGUAAUUAACCCGUGCAUGCACUUAACACUUAACGUGGUUCAUAGAGUUAAAAAGUGUGUCUGUGUGUGAGAGAGAGGGUCUUGUAUUUGCCACAGUGCCUGAAAAGGUAACAAAAAGAGAGAAUGGAGAAAGUUCAGAAUCGAAACAUCAUCAUUUAGGCACUUGACAGAUAGCCAGUAUGCUCCCAGAAGUAGACGAGGUGUGUCCCAUGUUCUCUUUCGUUAAGGCCUUUUCUGCUGACUCAUCGGUCUGUAUAUAUGAAGGCAGCUGGAUCUUGAAAAAUACACUCCUAUGCCACUAAAUAGUUUUAUCUUAAUACAGUGACGCUUCAUUCUGGUCACAUGACAUCUAUUGUUCUGUCCAUCCUGGAGAGGGAUCCUCCUCUGUUGCUCUCCUGAAGGGUUCUUCACUUUUUUUCCCCUGUGAGAUGUUUAUUUUUUUCUAUUUUUUGGGAGUUUUUCGUGAUCCGAUGUGAGGUCAAAGGUCAGGGAUGUCGUACGUG